UAAACCGACCAAGUAAAAUAGAUAAGCCAGUCUUACUAAGGCGCGCUUAAAUAACGAUGCCUAACAUUUGUUUGGUUUUUUGUUUAGUUUUAUUCUUUGAUUUGUUAUUUUGCUUCUUUGAGUAAUAUUCUUUGUAAUUUGUGAAUAUAAGUAAUGGCUCAUGCUAUUCUGUUGGCACAUGCGGAAGAUAGUAGAAAGCGAGCAGCCCUUAGGAUAAGAAAACGACAACUGAGGGCUUGUAGUGCUCCUAUGCAUUUGCCCGAAGAAGAGUUUAUUUUAAACUUCAGGCUUUCCAAAAGUACUUUUAAGGAAUUGGUGGAAGAAUAUGUCAUCGACGCAUAUAUGCCAUCGACGCGCCGUUCUACCGCUGUUCGUAACGACUUAAAAAUAUGUGAUAGUGAGCUAAAUAUUUUGCAUGUAGAUGCAUCAUAUGGUGGUGCAUCUCAUGACUCUUUCGUUUGGAACCAGUCACCAGUAAAAUCAUUCCUUGAGAGACUGGAGAGCAUUGGGGAAGGCUGUUGGCUGUUAGGUGAUUCUGGCUAUGCACAAUGUCCAUGGAUGAUGACACCAAUCCUUGGUGCUGCUUCAGAAUCUCCAGCAGAAUUUUACACAUAUCAACAUUGUCGCGUACGCAAUACCGUGGAACGAAUGAUCUGA